AUGGAGGUCCUUGGUGCCGUAGCCAGCUCUAUCGCCGUGAUGCAGGCUUUGGCAGCUGGGAAGCAUGCCGUUUCUCUUUUUCGAGAAAUUCCGGAUAUUCAGAAGGACUUUGACUAUCUGAUGAAUGAGCUGGACAUGAUCAAAUCCAUAGCGGAAGCUGUCUCGAAAAUGGCCCCUACAGCAAUGGAAAAAGACCUUAUCACCACUGCAGCGCGAAACCUCCAUGAUAUCACCGCAGAACUCGAGGCGUUAUUACGGAUAUGUUCGCGCGAGAGUGGCCUAGAUGGGAACAAAAUGAGCAAGACAAGGAAGAGAAAGUGGCUUGUAGAGAAAAGUGACAUCAAGAAGCUUCAACAGAGGAUGUGCCAAGCCAAAGAAACUCUGCACUUUGCUCUGAACUCGUCGCGCGUAUCCAGCGAUAUUAGAUUUCAGGCAGAAAUGAGACAGAUAAUGCUAAACAUGUAUACAAUGUAUACAAGCUCGCCAAUCUCUUUGCAGCUACCAGAAGGAAUAGAGAAUCCAGCAUCAGUUCAACAACUUCAGGACGCUCAUACACCAGAGUCAGACGCAGUAGUUAUCGGCGAUGACCAUGGUAACAAUCUGGAACAAAUGAAUGAAUCUUAUUCUCUUGACCAACGACUUUACUCUUCUUUAGAGGCUCUUCUAGAUAUAUGGAAGAGUAUCCUGACUGAGGUUGGGUUACCCAGACGUGUGGCGAUUACUGCCGCCUUAAGACUACGAUACUCUAAGCUCAAUGAUAAGCAGGCUUACCUCAUUCAAAAGGUUCUCGAUCUCUGUCGGGAUAUUUCUGAAGUGACAACGACCAAGGUUCACGAGGCGAUCUUGCAAUGCGCAGAUCUACAAGAAGCAUUACAGGAGCAACCUUGGGCUAUCAACACGAUUGAUGGCGCUGGCGAAUCCCCUCUUCUUCUUGCAACCCAGAGAAACCAAAUCAGGUCCAUGGAAGUUCUCAUUUCAGCAGGAGCUGAUGUUAAUCAACAAUCGUACGAUGGAAGGUCACCUCUCAUGGUCGCAGCCGGGGAACAAAACGUCGAGUCUGUAAAGAUGUUGCUCAAGUCAAAAUCUAAGGUUGAUCUGUGCAAUGAUGAAGGCGCGACAGCACUACAUCACGCGUCUAUGGAAGCUGAACCGGAGGUCAUCAGCCUCUUGCUCGCGGCGGGAGCAUCUGUAAAGCAGCGAGAUGCCUUUGGAGACACGCCACUUCAUUGGCUAGCCCAGUCUAAAAACACCAACCAUCAAGACAUCGAAGCAGCCAUUGAGAUGCUGCUCGUGGCAGGAUCUGACCUUGAGGCACGAGGCUAUCAAGGACGUACCCCUUUCCUUGUAUCAAUUGCUUUCAAUAAAUUGGAGGCUACCAGAGCUUUGGUAAAUGCAGGUUGCUCUACCAAUGUUUCUAAUUGCGGUUCUCAGAACGUGCUGCAUCUUGCAGCCAGAGAAGCUUCACUAGAUUUACUUCGGUAUCUUUCUAUCUUGGACUUUUCCGGCGUCAACCCAUAUCUGCGAGACUCAUACGGCGACACACCCUUUGAUGAUUUCGUCGAAACCUCUCAUGCUACGGAUGAAUGGGCCUUGGUAGGAGCUCGUAAGCCUGGUCUCGCUGAGCAAGAAGCUUUUGUCGAGCUUUAUCAAGACGUUAGAGAUCAAGCCCUACAGAAUGAUAUUCAGAAUCUUGAGCGAGUGCUCGGCGCGUUGCAGCAACAGGACAUUGUAGUCGCGCGAGAACAUCUAGCCUUGUUGGUCAAAAAAGAGAAACGAUGGGAGCGUGAAAAUCUGGCUUCUUGGUAUCGAGCUGUCGACAAGCGAAUUCAGCACGCGGAAUGGGAUUUAGCAACAGAAGACGUAGAGGGUCAUCUACUGGACUUGGAAGAAGAACUCGCAACUCCGGUUUGGGAGAUCCCAUCAAAACACGGCUACUUAUAG